AUGUCGUAUCAACGACCCCAGGACCCUUACAUUCACUCCAACGCGUCUCAGUACGAUGAGCGCUACCAGCAGUCUCACCAGCAGGGUGCCUACCAGCAAGACUACCCUCAGGGCUACAGCAGUGGUCCCGCUGCCGCUGGGUACCAUGACUACCCCGACCACGCUUCCGGAUACCAGGGCUCUGCUUACAAAGAGUCUCAAGAGGGUCUCUACGGCGGUCGCAACGCUGCCGGUUACGGUCAGCAGCGCAAUGCGGCUACUCAGGCUGCUGCCACCUACUCUUACGCCAAGCCCAAGCACGGUGUCUCCAAGUGGAUCAAGAUCGGUGUUCCCAUCCUCAUCCUCGUCAUUGCUGGUGCCGUUCUCGGCGGUGUCUUUGGCUCACGCGCUGCCAAGGACGACAACUCCUCCAGUGGUGGCAGCAGCGGCGGAUCUGGUGGUCUAGGCAGCGGUUCGUCGCCCAACGUUCAAGGCGCUGCUCUUACUGCUGCUCAGCAGGCUGCCAAGAACGGCGGCAACAACAUGCUCUUCUACCAGGGCACCGACCCCUACAGCAACCCCUCCUUUGUCGCCAGCAACGUCGACACCUCCGCACCUGCUUACAACGGUCAGGCUCACAACAGCUCUUGCUCCGACUCGUGGACUGCCACCAACAGCCUUACCAGCCUUCGUCCUCACCCCCGUAUCAUGACCACCGAAGCCGAAUGGGAUUGCUUGCCCACCAAGAUCGCCAACGACGCCUACCUCACCGUCUGGAACAGCACCAUCUUCACCAAUGCCACCAACUGGUCGAGCAAACCCCCCGUCGCUUAUGUAGCUGAUGGAGGUUUCACUGGCUCGGGUAUUCUCGAUGUCAGCCGUGAGGUUCAGCAGCGAGUCAAGGCUUUCGCCUAUGCUUACAAGAUCUCGAACAACACCGCUUUCAAGAACCGUCUCUACCUCGAGCUGAACAACGCUGCCGGCAACACCCCAAGCUCCUUCGGUCAGAACGGCACUCGCUGGAACGCUGCUCAUUUCCUCGAUGUUGCCGAGAUGACCUCGGCCUUUGCUAUGGCCUACGACUGGCUCUACAACGACUGGAAUAACACCGAGAGGACCAUGAUCCGCGACGCCAUUGUCAACUACGGCCUCGUUCCUGGUCAGAACCAGUACGCUACCGCAGACGGUUGGUGGAAGUUGCCUGCCAACGGUAACGGUAAUUGGAACUGUGUUUGCAACGGUGGUAUGCUCACUGGUGCUCUUGCCAUCCGUGGUGACGGUGACAGCAACCAGACUGCCAUUGCUGACAGCAUUAUCAACUCGGCACUCGAAAACAUGAGGGACAACUGCAUGCGAGGUGCUUACGAUGACGGCACUUGGUCUGAGACCGCCAACUACUGGUACUUCGGUACUAACGCUCAGGGUCGCGCUCUUUCUUCGCUCAUCACCGCCACUGGCUCGGACCAAGGAAUGAUGGCUGCCAACCCCAACUGGUACAAGACCUCGGACUUCCACAUGUACGUCAACGGUCCCGGUGGUCUCUUUGCUUACGGAGACAACGGUCCCAACAAGUUUGCUACCACUGCCAAUCAGCUCAUGCUCUAUUCCAGGCUCACCGGCGAUGCUCGUCCUGCCCUCUACCAGCGUGACCGUGCCGAUGCUGCUUUCGACCCACUUAGCAUGUUCUGGUACGAGCCUACCGCCAAAGGUGCCUUCUGGAAUGGUCUUCCUCUCGACAGGUUCUUCGACGACCAGCGAGGUCAGUGGGCUAGCAUGCGAAGCUCGUGGACCGACCCUAGCGCUGUCUUUGUCGGCAUCAAGGCCUCGAAUCUCACUGGUCACCAGACGCACGGUGAUCUGGAUGCUGGUGACUUUGUUAUCGAUGCGCUAGGAACCCGUUGGGCUGGCGAGUACGGCAACGGCAACUACCUUUCCACCGACUACUUCUCGAACGAGACUCAGCAAUCGGCACGAUGGACUUAUUACCGCAAGGCCACUGACGGUCAGAACACGCUUGUGAUCAACGACCAGAAUCAGCAGGUUGCCACUUGCCUUCCCAACAACACAUUCGCAUCCACUGGCGUUUCGCAGACGGGUGAUCUCUCGUUCAAGCCCGCUGCUACCGACGCUGUCCAGUUCAUCAGCGAUUUGUCAAGCUGCUACGGCCAGAAUGCUGGCACCAUUCAGCGAGGUAUCCGCAUGCUCAACGGUCGACGACAGGUUCUCGUUCAGGAUGAGAUCGCUCAGUCCAGCUCGAUCACCAGUGUUCAGUGGCGUGUUCAGACCAACGGCACUGUUUCCAUCUCGUCCGAUGGCAAGACUGCUACUUUGACGCAGAGCUCCAUCACCGACCCUAACGCAGGUGUCGUAGGCAAGGUUAGCCUUGGAGGCACCAAAACGAUGAAGUUGCAGAUCUUGAGCCCUUCCAACGCUGUCUUCACUUCGCAAGGUCCCCCUGCCCAGCGCAUCUACGGUACCGCUGUCUACAGUGCGCCACCUGAGGACUCGGACCAGGCCAACGUCGGUGUCACUGCGCUUUCGAUCGACCUCGGCGGAGCUCAGUCUGGCGCCCAGACCUUGCAGGUCGUGUGGCAGCCUCAGUGGGAAUCGCUCUCGGCAGCUGAUCAGGCUACUCCAAAGUCAGUUCCUCUCAGUCAGUGGAGCCUUACCUCGCACAACUAA